CCGUUGAAUCAAAAUUUAAAUACAAAAUACUCUAAUACUGACUCAUCCUCUACAACCUUCUAUAUGAUUUUACAAUUUCUUAUUAUUAAUUGAGAACGGAGUGAAAAACAACUGCUCUAUAUUACUUGAGAACGGACUGAAAAACAACUGGCCUAGGGUUUUUCUUCAGUUGCGCUUGGUUAGAGAUCAACUAAUCAGCUGAUGGGUUCUGGUUCAUUCGCAAGGAAAUAAUGCAUCAUCGGCACGGGGGAAUAAAAACAAUUUGGGUAUCAUUAUACUAUACAUGGCAAAUGGACUCUCGACUUUCCCCAAUCGGCUGGAAUUCAGAGUUUUCGUUCCUUAUUCAGGUCAGUUCAGCUCAGGUAUUAAAUCUCACAAACAGCCAAAAAACCAAAAGGACCAAAUUUCAGACCUGCAUGGCAAUUGAUUAAAAACUUCUGACGCACGCGCUGCGCUGGCUGGGAGAUAAAGACCAAAUUAACCCUGCCCGCCACCUGUCUGUUUUAACUCUUUCCGGGGGAUUUCUUCCCCUUUAAAAUCGAAAGCAGCCUCCAAGGGGAGAGACUAGACUAGAGACAGAGAGCGAGCCCUUUUUUGCUUUCAUUUUGCAGCGAGCGAGAUCAACAAUGGUGUUCUGGACUUGGGUUUGGAAGGGGUUUCUGAUCGAUCUCCUGGAGGUGGCUGCCUACGGCGGCGCGUUCUGGCUCGCUCGCGAAGGCUACCGCCGCUAUUCCUUUCCCUAUGGCCACCUCCUCAACCUUAUCGGAGUGAUAUUUGCCCGAGCGACCUUUCACUGCUUGCAGCGACUCAAAAGGAAGUGGCAAGACGGCCCUCGUCAGCCCCUGCCGGCGGCGAAAGACGCUACUGCCCAGCCGGCUACCAAGUACUGACCAGCUAGCUAGAUAGAAGUUUCCCCCACCGGCGCCUUCGUUGUGGUAGCGAGAAAGCUUAAUCAAAAUUAGUAGAAGUAGCUUGUGUUGACUGUUGAGUGUUGUUAAGAAAACUCCGACUCCGAUCUCGGUUUUUAGAUUCCCUCCUUCGCUGGCUAUUAAUGUUUACCCUUUAGGGUUCUUUGUUGAUGGGGUUUCAUCCAUGAACUCAGUAAUGUAAUGGCUGCCUGGCUAGCUAGAUUGUCCUGUUUGUUAUGUGGCUUAUGGUCAUCUAUCAGUUUAACGAUUCUGAUCUCUAGUUAUGUUGAUGAAAUGGGGCUGGGAUCAGGUGACUAAGAGGGGUUCCCAGUCCCCUUAGUCACAUGAUUAAAUGAAUCUCAGCCAUUCAACCUCAUUAAAAUCCGAGAGCUCUUAUUAGUCUAAUUUAAUGAAGCGUAAUGUAGUAA